AUAAGAAAAAAUAAUAUGCACGUUUAAUAUUUUUUUACUUAAGUACAGCGAAUACAGAGAAAAAGUUAUGAACACGCAGUAAAAAGUAAAUAACGAACUAACAGAGAAUACAGUUACUCCUCAUUACUACUAUUUAAAAGCUAGGUAAACUAGGUGCUCUUUUAAAAUUACUUCCUGAGUUCCACAAAAAAAAGCAAAAAAAAAAAACACAAAAUUGUAAUAAAAAAAUAUUGAAUUUGUUGUAAAUGCUCUAAAAAUUAUAAUUGUGAAAAAUGAAAAAGCUCUAUGCAAAAGCAUCAUUCAAAAGUAAAAAGCCCAGUCACAAACAUGCCAGCCAGGAUGUCCCCGAUGGUGGCAUAUACAUAAGCCAACCGCAACAUGGUCCAAUUAUACUUGCUUAUCAAAGCAGUCCCACACAGCAACAGCAACAACAUCCUGUUGAUAUGGAUAUGAGCACAACAACAAUGCGCAAAUUACAUAAAAGGUCUACCAUUGCCGGUGCACUGCCGCCUGCUCCGAACGCCGCAGUUGUCAAUAAUGAUGAUGAAUCAUUUUUCCCACUACCACCGUCGCGCACAUCCUCCUCUGGACCGUCGCUAUCCGCGAGCAACCCCUCCAUCGUUUGUCACUUUCAGCCAGACGAUGCGCACUACUAUUACUCCAUACAGGAACUGCAACAGCUUAAUAUGCUUGAUCAUCGCCACCCGUAUUUUCAUCGUCAUCAGCAGCAUAAAUUGCUGAGCCCAUCCAAUUCAGCAGCAGUGGCAGCCGUAGCCGCAGCAACAACAUCCGCCUCGGCCGUUUCAUACUAUGAGCAUAAUAAACUAGUAUUGCAGCUUCCCAUGGCUACAACAAAGGCAAUGCCUGAUGCAUCGACAACACCAAUAACAACUUCAACUUCGCCUAUCUAUGAAGCACCACAAAUGAUCAACAAUGUAAAUGUCAACGGCGGCGCGCGUUCACUAGACUACGACUACAAUUGCCAUCCCCGUCGUUCCUUACGCUCAACCUUUGCUGCUGGUGGCAAUGAUGGUCAUAUUUUGGAUGACGAUGAUCAUACUGAUUUUGUGGCAGCCGACAAGGGUAAAACUGCCGGCUUUGGUGCUUUGCCUAUUGUUGAAGCAGCGACAAGUACUAGACUGCUGGGUUCGUCGCCUCCCAGCGACGCAUCCGCGUCGCCGCUUUCUUCCUCGCUGUCGUUCAAUAAUUUACGUAAAUUGCAACACACGCACUCGAUGCCAUCAAUUCGCAUGAAGAACGACAGGUCAGAGGGAGGCAAUGAUGGCGACGAUAACAGUGUCGGAUUGCAACAAUUGCAUCAAUAUAGGAUGCAACAACUACAACAAAGUCAUAAUGAACAAUAUCACCCUCAACCAACGCGUCAUAAUUUGGUCAAAGCGGAUUUAAUUAGUAAUUGGUCAACAACAGGCGAUGCUGGAAAUGUUGAACAAAGUAUUAUUGGCGCCCGCGCCUCCGUUAUGGUAUAUGAUGAUAACCAGAAACGGUGGUUACCGUCAGGCACCUCAUCUGGUCUUAGUAAAGUGCAGAUCUAUCACCAUCAACAGAACAACACAUUUCGCAUUGUUGGCCGCAAACUUCAGGAUCACGAAGUGGUGAUCAAUUGUUCCAUACUGAAGGGGCUCAAGUACAAUCAAGCCACGCCCACAUUUCAUCAAUGGCGUGAUUCGAAAUUUGUAUAUGGUUUGAACUUUUCCUCACAAAAUGAUGCGGAAGCAUUUGCCCGAGCAAUGGUGCACGCUUUGGAUGUGCUCAGCGGCCGGGUGGGUAACAAUCCCGUCAUGGGCGCUAUGGGUAUGGGCGGUCAACCUAUAAAUGGGAAUGGUUAUGAGGAGGAUAUGGGCUAUCGUACGAUGACUAGCGAGGAUGCGGCGAUUUUGCGACAGCAACAGCAAAUUACUGGACAAAUGACACCAUCUGCACAAACGCCAACUUCACAGACCAAUCAAAACAACAUACCACAGAGCCCACCGACCCCGCAGGGACAUCAUCGCACCAGCAGAAAUUCCCUUAGCGCUCCAGCGGCUCCACAACCGCAGCAGAUGACAAUACCACAGCAACAGGCGCAGCCGACAUAUGGGCAGGCGGGGCAGUCGAACGGAUUGCAGCAACAGGCACAGAUACCGCCCGCUCCGGGCCAGCCACAGUACCACGCACCACAGCAGAUGCAACAAGCUCCACAGGCUCCACAUGCCGUCUAUUCUGCACAACAGCUGGUAAAUACCGGCUAUCCGCCUCAAGCACAGUACCAGCCCAGCCACUUUAUGUUAUCUAAUUCUAAUCCGAACCUUAAUCUGCAUCAAUAUUCACAACAGCAACAGCCGCCGCCACAAUGUAUACCGAGCGCGCCUCAGCCACCGAUGCCCCCACCGCAUCAGAAUGGUGUUGGUGGUGGAGGUGGCGGCAGCGGCGUCGGCGGACCAAUCUAUGUUUCUUCAUCGCAAUCGCAGCCAGCGCUGCCCACAUCCGUUAACUCAAAUAGUGCCGUAUAUGGUGGCCAACCGAUUCAGAUGCAGCAUCAGCAACAACAACAACCAUCCCCAAGUGGAGUUAUGCAGAAUGGUGGGGGAGCUGCUGCACCUCCACCGCCUCCGCCACCACCGUUUGGGGGCGCUAGUGCUCCAGUUCCUCCAUUAAUGAGUGGUGGUGUACCUCCAGCACCAAUGCCACCACCGGCAACUAUAAAUCGUAGCGCACCACAAGCGCCUGCUGCGCCUCCUCCACCGCCGGCAACAGCUGCGGCGCCCCCACCACCUCCACCGCCACCAGCGGGAGGCGCGAUACCAUCCAAAAAGGAAGAUCCACAAGCCGAUCUCAUGGGCUCGCUGGCGGCUCAGUUGCAGCAGGCGAAGCUGAAGAAGAAUAAGCCCUCGGCGGCACCCACAGAGAACAGCGGAAGCAGCACCUCGAGCGGUGGCAGCGGUAAUUAUGGCACAAUCGGCCGCAGCUCGACAGGUAUGGCUUCCAUGAUGGAUGAAAUGGCUAAAACAUUGGCACGACGGCGCGCACAGGCUGAGAAGAAAGAGCCCGAAGCUGAGCCGGAAGUAAAGCAGCGUCCGUGGGAGAAGUCUAACACAUUGCCACACAAGCUGGGUUCCUCGUCAUCGAACACGAACUGCAAUGCUGCUUCAAACAAUACAUCGAACAGUGGUAGCGAAUCUCCGCGGCCGAUGCGCAAACGUUUUGGCAGCGCCAGCGAGGAGACGAUACUUAAGCAGGUUAAUGGUGAUGGGCUGUCAUUGGCAUUAUCAAGCACUGAGCUAGACACACUAAAGGCUGAUAUACUGAAAGAGAUACGCUCUGAGAUUCAAAAGGUCAAACAAGAAAUUAUAGAAGUUAUAAAAUCCGAAUUCAAUAGAAGAUAAGAGCAGCAACAGUCUGGUACGAGCAGCGUUAGUAGCCGCCGAACGGUGAUCAAAAAAAUAUUUGUCGGUGAUAAAACGGAGUAGUAAGGUUACAAAAUAGGUGGAUGGUGUUAAAAUCCCUCGGCGACCUAUUUGUUUUAAUUUAUCUACAAACUGCAGAUAUAAAAAUGCAACUAACAUUCUUUUUUACAUAUUAAAUACGAACAUUUAAAUGGAAGCUAAAUACUUCCAUAAACAUGCAACAAAAAGAAAAUAAUAAUAAAAAAAAACUUGCUACGCAAGUUAUGAAAUUUUGGGAAUUACCAUUAUAGUAUAUAAUAAUCUAGCGAUCAUAAAUCCGACAACAAUGGCAUUGAAAACACAACUAAAAACGAAUAAACAAUGAACUGAAUAUGUAUUGAAAAAUUUUAAAUGAUACAAAUUUAUUGUAGUAGUUAAAAAAUAACAGUGAAAAUAAACCCCUAAAACACACUUGCUAAAAGUCCACGGUGUUCUCAUGCGUUAAUUUACAUACAUAUGCG